CCCAACUCUGUAACUCGAUUCUACAAAGAAAAUGUGCGAAUUCGCAAAUUUGGUACUCUGUAAUUCUUAUAGAACGCUACAAUGUGCGAAAAUCGAACAGUUCUAGUAGUGCCAAGUACUUUUUACGCACUUUCGCAUAAACGGGGAACUACCGAACUCGUAAGUAGACGCCAAAUUGUAGCAAAACCUCACAAAAUUAUCCGUCAUCAAAUGUGUUGGCGAAAAGAACUGUGCGAAAGUAUUAUUUUUCAAAAUGGAAUCAUCAAAAAAUCCGAACACGAAGACAUCACAAUUUGAACUAAUGGUGCAAUUCAUGACUAGCCAUUCAGAUUUGGCUAAAGGAUAUUUAAAAUCUCCCGAGGCAAGACAAAAGUCCAAACAGUUGUGGCUAAAUUUAUCUGCAAAUUUGAAUGCUGAAGGUCCUCCGCAGCGUGAUGUUGUCGGUUGGAAAAAGGUUUGGGCUGAUUUUAAAGUUCAUACGAAAGCUAAGUUACGAAAAAACAGAAUAAAUAUAUCCGCAACUGGAAGUGGUCCACCUAAAUAUUAUUCUUUGAAUGCUUUAGAAGAGAAAGUAAUUGAGUUGGUAGAUUUAAAUCAAGCAGUUGAUGGGAUGCAAAGGUCUCUAUGCUUCGGUGUUGCACAUGAAACAAAUUCAAAUAGCCAGCUCGAAGACUAUACAGAAAGUGUAGGAGCAUCCGUGGUGGGCAUUGAAAAUGCUGAUGAAGAAUUUGAAACUUUGAAACAAGUCUGA